AUGACAAGUCAACAGCCAUCGACAGCUUCUAGAGCUGCUCCACCACCUCCACCUUCACAUGCACAUUUCAUAUUAGCACAAAUACGAUCAGGAUUAGCACAUCUUCGAGCAACACAAGCAUUAAAGAAGAGUACAUGCGAUAAAAUUAACGAUUUACUAAGCCAAGAUGAACUUCAAGAAGGUGAAUCAACACGUUCAAUUGCAUCCACAGAAACUGAAGAGGAAAAACUCGGUAAACGUAAUGCUUGGCUUCGUGAAACGUUGAUGGAAACAUCUUUGUUGCCUACGUUAGUUGAUACGGCCAUGCAAAUUGCCAUUCCGCAAGCUAUAAUGGGAGAUAUGCAACGUGAAGCAGUCGUUCAAUUGGUAGAAAGAUCACAACGCUCUAUCGCACAAACAGUCACUGAUCCAAAAAUGCAAAGGAAAACAGGUUCAGGUGCCUGGUCCGGCGUACGUGGAACCCAUACCGGCAUCAGAAGAGGUUGGAAUGCAGCAGGGAAUAGUAUACAAGAAAUAGCACAGAAGAGACAAGAAGCAAAAGAGAAAUCAGAAGAGAAAAGAGCAGCAAAAAAUGAAAGGAAGGCUAUGAAGAAAGAACUCAAACAGGAACGUGAAGCAAUCGUGAAGCAAAGACAGUCAGACAUGCUAAGCGGAGAAGAAGCCAGUAACGACAAUGCAAAACACGAUGAUCCUUCUCAGCGAGGUAUCGAUCGUAUGACCAGUGCCGCUAAUCUGGUACAUAGCCCAUCAACACUGACCGCUGCAUCGGAUACAUCCUCUUUUUCACGUCGAUUGCCUCCGCUUUCGAUCAAGAGUGCACAAUCAGGAAAAGGAAAGAUGACCGGAGCAAACAAUGUAGACGAUUCAGAUGAAGACGAAUCGGAAGAAGAAGAUGCUUUUGACGCAGAAGAUGGUGCAAUAGCUUCAGUUUCCUGCGGUCGGAUAGACGAUGAAGAAAACUGUGUAACCGCCACGACAUUCUUCUCUCCUUGGCCUGGUUUGCUGUUGUCAAAUACACUAGUUGCCGUUUCCAGUGAAGCACUACCUGCCAGCAUAGAUAUUGAUAGGGUCAGAUACGAUCAAUCUGUUGAGCAAGAAAGGAAACAAUCUUCGGCCUCUCUUCCACCGCAGAGGAGAGUUGCUCCUGCACCCUCUGUCUCGCAACAGCCAGCACCAAGCAGACAAGGGAACGAUGAUAAAACGCAAAGUUCAACAUACAAAGACCCAGCACAAUACUCCGACUCGCAACGCAUACAAAGAAGCAAUGAUGUGCCUCCAAUUCCUCCAAAAGAGCCAUCACAGCAAGCACCCGCUCCGCCACCGCUACUACCAACACAAACUCCUUCAUACCACCCCGCUAAUCCUUCUCCAGUACCUGUACGACAGAAUCCACCCCCGGCUCCAGCAAGUCAGACCACCCUCCCUCAACAGCCACAGCAAAAUGAAGUAAGGGAUGUGACCGAAUCCAAGCAAAAGAGUUGGACGCGCAAACUAGGACUCUAA